CCGCCUCGCGGCCGGCGGAGGAGGGCGGGGUCGGGGCGGGGCGGGCGCGGUGCCCGCGCUCCGGAGCCCAGCCGAGCCGCGAGCUGCACUAGAGGGAGCUGCCGCCGCGCCCGCCGCCGCCGCGAUGGCGGAGGACAGCGAGUCUGCAGCCAGCCAGCAGAGCCUGGAGCUGGACGACCAGGACACGUGCGGCAUAGACGGGGACAAUGAAGAGGAGACGGAGCAUGCUAAAGGGAGUCCCGGAGGGGAUUUGGGAGCCAAAAAGAAGAAGAAGAAACAGAAGAGGAAAAAGGAGAAACCCAACUCUGGAGGCACCAAGUCCGACUCGGCAUCUGACUCCCAGGAGCUUAAAAUUCAGCCACCCUCAAAAAAUGCCACCAUACCCAUGCAGAAGCUUCAGGACAUCCAGAGAGCCAUGGAGCUGCUGUCCGCCUGCCAGGGCCCGACCAGGAGCAUUGAUGAGGCUGCAAAACACAGAUACCAGUUUUGGGACACACAGCCAGUGCCCAAACUAAAUGAAGUUAUAACGUCCCACGGUGCCAUCGAACCAGACAAAGACAACAUCCGUCAGGAGCCAUAUUCCCUGCCGCAGGGUUUCAUGUGGGACACCUUAGACUUGAAUAAUGCUGACGUGCUCAAGGAGCUGUACACAUUGUUAAAUGAGAAUUACGUGGAAGAUGAUGACAACAUGUUCCGAUUCGACUAUUCCCCCGAGUUCCUGUUGUGGGCUCUGUGCCCUCCAGGCUGGCUCCUUCAGUGGCACUGCGGGGUCCGAGUGUCUUCCAAUAAGAAGCUAGUGGGAUUCAUAAGUGCCAUCCCAGCAAACAUCCGCAUUUAUGACAGUGUGAAGAAGAUGGUAGAAAUCAACUUUCUUUGUGUUCACAAGAAGCUGAGAUCCAAACGAGUAGCCCCAGUGUUAAUUCGGGAAAUAACCAGAAGGGUGAACCUGGAGGGAAUCUUUCAGGCCGUGUAUACGGCUGGGGUGGUUCUCCCUAAGCCAGUGGCCACAUGCAGAUACUGGCAUCGAUCGUUAAACCCCAGAAAAUUGGUGGAAGUGAAAUUUUCUCACUUGAGCAGAAAUAUGACUUUACAGAGAACAAUGAAGCUAUACAGACUUCCAGAUGUUACAAAGACUUCAGGUCUGAGACCGAUGGAACCAAAAGAUGUGAAAGCCGUCCGAGAAUUAAUCAACAGUUACCUAAAGCAGUUUCAUCUAGCCCCAGUGAUGGACGAAGAGGAAGUAGCCCACUGGUUCCUCCCUCGGGAACACAUUAUCGAUACUUUUGUAGUGGAGAACUCCAGCGGCCGGCUGACGGAUUUCCUGAGCUUCUACACACUCCCCUCCACAGUCAUGCAGCACCCUGCUCACAAGAGCCUCAAAGCGGCCUACUCCUUCUACAACAUUCACACCGAGACUCCUCUGCUGGACCUCAUGAACGACGCACUCAUCAUUGCGAAACUGAAAGGAUUUGAUGUAUUCAAUGCACUCGAUUUGAUGGAAAAUAAAACAUUCUUGGAAAAACUCAAGUUUGGCAUAGGAGAUGGCAAUUUACAGUAUUACUUAUACAACUGGAGGUGUCCAGGAACUGAGUCUGAAAAGGUUGGACUUGUACUACAAUAAAAGGAUGCUUUUCACUCUAAAUCUUGGGCAUCAUCUUUUCUUAAUAUUCCAUUAAUGAUUCCUGAACUGCCAUUCCAAAGAAUAAAAGCACAAGUGAAAUCGAAGUAGUUGGUAACCAUCAGACAAGAUGAAAAUAUGUCCAUAUGUGACCAGUUAUUACAUUUUACCUAGAACAUUAAAGGUCACCUUUUUACACUGUUUACCCCUUUAUGAAUGGGAUGACAGAGAUAUAAAGAACAUAUUUCCCUAAUUUCCAAACUUCUGACUAUCUUGCUGAAAAGAGGGUCUUUUUCCACUCUUUUUGAAAAAGAACCGUUUUUCCUCUGAACUAAAUAUUGUUAAGAAAACCCUUGCUGUUGUAUGGCGACAAAUGGCAGCACUUGUUUGAGUGCCAAUAUAUUUGUGUAAGAGAAUGAAGGAUCCAUUUGGAGAAUCUUCACUUCUGUCACCUUCUGUGCUGUCACUGGGAACACUUACACUUCUCUCCCUCAAUGACAAGGGGUGGAUAAGUGUGAAGCAACAUAACAAAAUGCACUGGUAACUGUCACAUCUUUUUCUCCAUAAGCGGUGCCGUCCAAUCAGUAGACACACAGAUUUAUACUUUGAUCUUCAACAGGUCAGUGAAUUGCUUGAAAAGCAAAGUUGUGUGCAAACAUGAGGUGUGCUGAGAGAGCCUGUGCCCAGGACCAGACUUUGCUGCUGCUGAGCAAAUUGAACAUCCUGGACAUGUAACAAAAGGAAAUAAAGGCCCUAAAGUGGACAGACAGAUCUGGUGGAAUUUAUCAGUGCUAUAAAGGCACUGAUAGUGUGAAUGUUCUUAUUACUUAUGCAAAAUUGCACAUAUUGCUUUAUGUUGAAUCUUAAUUUAUCACGAAAAUUGUCAUGCUGAUAUAAAUGUCUUAUUUGUAAAUAAGUAUCCAUAAUUUUGUUACCAAUGGUGUUUUUAAUCUAGAAUUUGAAACCAGUUUAAAGGUAUACAUGAAUAUGUAUAUAUUCCACUUGACCUAAGGGACAAAUGAGAUGCCAAAUGAGGCCACAAAGCCAAGCCUGGACUCAGUAAGCAGAUGUGUGUUCCUGUCUGCACAUGCCAGAGCCUAGGCUGUGUGCAGGAGUGUGCCUCCUGGAUUACAUGAC